GCUGAUCAGUGACAUCGCCAAUACCAUUCUCACUUGGAUUUAGGGUUUAUCCUAAUUUCAGAGAGGAAAAAAAUAAAAUGCUUCAACACCAACUGGUACAGUCUCCGGCGAGGCUAGGCCUCACAAACCCAAACUCACCUUCUCUUCAAAACCCUACCCCUCCCAAAUUUCCUUCCUCAUCUUCUCAACAGCAACUUCCACCUCCCCACCACCAUCAGCAGCAGCAGCAGCAGCAGCAUCCCCCAAAUCCCUCCGCCACGUCCUCUGCUCUCCUCCCUCUUCUCCCUCCUCUCCGUAGAGCCCAGUCUCUUCUUCUCCAGAUGGCCUCCUUAGCUUCCAAGUUUUUCGAAGUCUCCCCCAAUCGAUCCCUUUGGCUAUCCACCAUUCGUGGAUCGCUACCUACAUUCCUCGCCUCUCAGAUCCAAUCAAUGCCUCCACCUCCACUCGAAUCCAAUCCUUCCUCCGCUAAAGAAAUUCUUCCUCUUUUCACUUCCCUCCAGACCCAACUUUUUGAAGCCGUUGCUGAGCUCCAAGAAAUCCUUGACCUCCAAGAUGCCAAGCAAAGAAUUGCUGGCGAUAUCAAAUCCAAUGAUUCUGCGCUUCUCAACUUCGCCAAUAAGCUCAAAGAAGCCGAAAGAGUCCUUGAUAUCCUCGUCGAUGAUUACUCUGAUUAUCGCCGUCCUAAACGGGCAAAAACAAAAUCAUUAGAGGACGAUGGUGUGAGCAAUACCACUGUUGCCUCUCAGCUCGAGUUAUCGGAUAUUUUAUCUUAUGCUCACCGGAUAAGUUAUACCACUUUUGCGCCGCCUGAUUUUGGUGCUGGGCAGGCUCCCCUUCGUGGGGCACUUCCUCCUGCUCCACAAGAAGAGCAAAUGCGAGCUUCUCAGUUGUACGCUUUUGCUGACCUCGAUGUGGGAUUGCCUAAAAAGGUCGAAACUAAGGGGAAAACCAUUGAGGCAAUCAUUGAGCCUCCCCCACCGCCACAACCAGAGGAGACCAAUCCGCUUGCCAGUUAUGCUGCCAUUCAGAGCCUGCUUCCUCCCAAUAUCACAGUUCCAUCUGGGUGGAAACCUGGGAUGCCGGUGGUUUUGCCUACAGAUUUACCCCCGCCGCCACCAGGAUGGAAGCCUGGGGACCCAUUACCUCCAUUUGAGUCUCUUCCUGUGCCUAGGAUGGUGGAGCAACAAUUGCAGCCAGGUGCUCCUCAGGGAUUGCAUAAGCCACCUGAGACAAUACAGGUUCGACAUGUACAGCUUGAUAUUCUUGAUCAGGGUGAUGAUAGUAGUGAUUAUAGUAGUGACGAGGGAAGCUCAGAUGAUGAAGAUUGAGAGGGUGAUUGUACGGAUUAAUUGAUAGUAUGAAGUGCUCUAGAUAAGUAUGCUUGCUCCUUACAAAAUAGUGAAAGUUUGCAGUUGCAUUUGAUGUGCCCUUGUACUUUGAUGUAUAAGUGAGGUGGAAUUGUUAUUAAGUAUUUUCCCCUUUUUUUCCUACACUACAAAUGACAAAUAACAUAAUUUGUUUACCA